CCAAGAAGACGGACCAGGUUUUAUUUUGAAAGUGCUUCUCGGACUUCUGCUAUCGUAGGCUAACACAGUGUGCUAUUUAUUUAUUUCGUUUAAUCUUUUGACUCGCUGACGAACAGACGGAUGAUUGACGGCAGGCCGCCGCUUCAUUACGUCAUCACCGCAGACUGACGUCCGUCAUCAUGUCUGCUAAUGCUAAUUUACAGCAGAAAGUGGUGCAGUAUGAAAACUUUAUCAACGAAGUUCUCAAGAGAGAUUUACAAAAGGUUUUGGAGCAGAGAGAUGAAGUUUAUGAGAAAAUUGCUCAGUACCUUCAGCUGAAGAACACCAUACAGAGUCUGCAGGAUUCCGGGUCGGAGCGUCUGAAGGCGGACGUGGAUCUGGGCUGUAACUUCUACGUCCAAGCUGAGCUGGAGGACGUAUCCCGGAUUUUCGUGGCGGUGGGCUACGGUUUCUUCGUGGAGAUGAACCAUGAUGAAGCUCUGCACUUCAUUGAGAAGAAGACCAACCAGCUGACAGCGUUCACUGAUCAGCUGACCAAAGACUCGGCUGAGAUUAAAGCCAACAUCCGCAUGGUGCUCGAGGGUCUGAGGGAGCUGCAGACACUGACGGAUGUUCCAGAUGGCAGAAGAGACAUUUUCUAGUCUGAUCCACCAUGUGGGAUGUUAUGAGGACAUUCAGACAUGACAAAGGUUUUUGUUGGUCUCAAAUAAUGAACUUUUAAUAAAUCCUUGUGUUUUGUCUUUGCCAGAGUCAGAA